AUGGUGGGAUCUGAAAUUGAAGCAUACGUGAAGCGGUCAUAUGAGUUGGCUGACAUGUGCCCGAAUCUGUCCCGACCUAUGCGUCGAAGAAUCGAGUUGUUCAUUAAGGGAUUACCUCCACGAGUGAAGGGUUUAGUUACUGCAGCAAAUCUCAACAACUUGACACAGAUUGUCCGUUUGGCUCACAAGAUCGUUGAUCAAGAGGUGGAGAGUAAUUCACUACCACCACGUGUUUCUGCUACCGCUACUGCCGCUACCACAGCCACUACCCCACCACUGACGGCAAACAGAAAUGGAACGACGCUGACAAAGCAACCAGUGUCAGCCAAUCUCAGAAAAGGCCAGACAACAACAACAACAACCGCAGUAUGCGAGAAAGUGGGCCACGAGGCCAAAGAUUGUAGAGCCCCACAACCGAAACAGCAACAACAGCAAAACCAGCCGUAUCAGAGACAGCAAAGGCAGCAACCUCACCAGAGUCAGGGUUUCAAGAAGGGGUGCUAUCAGUGUGGGGAUGAGGGCCACUUUAAGCGGGACUGCCCUCAAUUGAAUCAAAACGCCAACGACAACAACCGCCAGAAUAACAACAAUGCUGGAAAUAACAACGGCAACAAUGGGGGCAACGGUGCUCGUGGAAGGGUGUUUACGAUCGGUGCUGGGGAUGCUAGGAAUGACGGCAAUGUCGUGACUGAUCUCGUGGGUCAAGUGUUUGAUAUUGAUCUUCUUCCUGUUACCCUCGGUAGUUUCGAUAUAGUGAUUGGUAUGGAUUGGCUAUCUAAGCACCAAGCUGAGAUCCUGUGUAAGGAAAAGAUUGUGCGUAUUCCUCUCCCUGAUGGAGAGCCAUUGUUGGUUCAGGGGCAUCACAGUGGUGCGAUGGUCGGUAUUAUUUCAGCUAUGCAAGCGCAAAAAUCUCUACGAAAGGGGUAUCCUUCCAUUCUGGCACUUGUUACGGAUACUCCGUCAGGAGAAAGAAAGAUUGAGGAUCUGCUAGUGGUAUGUGAAUUCGCCGAUGUAUUUCCUGAGGAACUUCCUGGUUUACCUCCUCAUCGCCAAGUGGAAUUUCAGAUCGAACUUGCACCAGGAGCAGCUCUAAUUGCUCGUGCUCCUUACCGUUUAGCAUCUGGAGAAUUGCAAGAACUGUCUAACCAGUUGCAAGAGUUGUUGGACAGAGGCUUUAUUCGACCCAAUGAUGGAGGUAGAAUGCUUGAUGUGAUAAAACUGGUAGUGUUGAGAAAGGAUGUGCACGAGCAGAAGUUCAGCACACCGAUGAAUGAGGUUAAUCCGGUUAUGGUGAGAACUCAUGAAGGAGCGGGACGAUCCGGGCCGCGGAUCAUUGGUCUAUGUAAUGAAAUAAAGAGAGAAGGCAAAACAUCAGAAACCGUACGGAUAAUUACAACCCUUGGAAAUUCCGGUAUGGAAAUGGGAAGAGAUAACAAUGGAUCUGGUGACAAAGCUACCUAG